AUGUUUCUUCCCUCAUCGUUUGGUUUCAAUCGUAAUCAUCAAGAAUUUAAUGAAGAUAAUACAGCAGCAACAUCUUCAUCAACAUUAUUAGAUACUAAUACUUUUAAGAAUAAUCAUUCUUCAUUGAUGAUAAUCAAUGAUGAUGAACAAGACGAAAGUUCAAAUCAAGAUGAAGAAGAAUAUCAUCACUCUUCUCAUGAAAUCAUGUCAACAGUGAGAACUACACAAUCACAUUCGAAUCAUUUUAAUGAUUAUCGUUUUCAAUAUUUACAUCCAUUUAAUCAACAUCAACAAAUAAAUAUUCAAAAUACUAAAUAUAAGGAAACAACUAACAAUUCGUCAAAUCUUUUAUCAUGUAAUUUAAAUGAAGAUGAAAAUUGUCAAAUAUGUGGAGAUUUAGCAUCAGGAUGGCAUUGCGGAGCCAUAACAUGUGAAGCCUGCAAGAAAUUUUUUCUUCGUUCAAUUUCAACAGGUGAUGGAAAUAAAAAAUAUAAAUGUCAAAAAGAUUUUUCUUGUUCAAUAACAAAACGUUCACGAACUCAAUGUCAAUACUGUCGAUUUCAAAAAUGUAUUUCAAUGGGAAUGAAACCACAUGGUAUUUAUUUAUUU